CAAAUUUUUUAAUCUUUUUUACAACUUGUCAUUGGAAAGGUGGAUCCGAUUUGGUCUUGUUUUUGUCCGAUGAACUGUAGUAGGACAAUGUCCCUUUUAAUCUCUUGUCGAUGUGGUUAUUACAUUUACAACAACAUUCGAAACAGUCCCACGCGCCAGCGGCUGAAUAUCAUCAUAUCAUAUCAUGGCUCUUUGUCUUCUUCAUAAAUAGCUCUGUUAGGGUUCAAUGUAUAGUCCCACCGUCUGGGAAAAUCAUUCCUUUCUGCCGGCGCUUUCUUCUUAAUUUCCUUUCGAUUCUUGACGAGGGAAGGAAGAUUCCUCAAGUUAUAUGGAGACAGGACCCUGGGAAUAAUCGUUUUUUUCAUUGGGAUUUUAAAGGUCCUGAAAUUUGAUUAAUACCAUUGCUGCAGCCACAAGCUAAGGUUUGGGUCUCGCUGUCGCCAUGCACUUCCCGUGGAAGAAGGCGAUGAGAAGUACGAGGUUGUCCCGGCUGGUGAACGAUCAUCUCCACAACUCUCAGAAGAGGCGCGAUGGAUCUUCCCUCGUCGUGGAGACGGGCUUCCCAACUUCCCUGGUCGAUCUCUUCAUAAAAAAUCGUGAGAAAUUGAAAAAACCGUCCAGGAGAAAGCGCCGGAGCAUACUUCCGGCGACACCCCUACCUGAGGAUCCAGCCUGUUUCGCUUCCCCUCCGCCGGCGCCGGCGCCAUCUCCGAUGAGUCCGCUUUCGAGUGCAGGUCCGGGAUCUCCUGCUCCUUCCCUGCAUUGCCCUCCGGUUCUAGAAAGUUCCUCCGGGGAAGUGAAUGGAAUUCCUGUAGUGUGUGGUGAUUCGAGACGAGAUUUCUUGGUGGUUUUAAAGAUAAUUUUGGUGGUUUGUUUCGCGGUGGGGAAUAAGAAAUUGACGGCGGGGAUCGCCGUCACGGCGGUGUUGCUGUUAUUUUUGGAGCACCUGGGCAGAUACGCGUGCAGGUUUUGUUCAGAAGGUGUGUUAGGGACAGGAUCGAUAGUAGAGAGAAUUCGUAUGUUGUUAAGGUUUAAGGAGGUUAAGUUAGAUUGGAAUCUGACUGAUCAAGAUCAUUCUUCCAAAUCCGAGAGCUUUAAUCAAGAAAUCCAAUUCGUUGAAACUGAUCCCUUCAAAAUCCAUUUAACGUCUCGAUCGUGUCCGGAAGCGACAUUCAGGCGGCAAGAGGUUGAAUCCAAGGCGGCGUUGAUCGAGGAAGAAGGGGCAAUCUGUGAAGUGGUGGAAUUCAAAAAGGCCAAGUCCAGAAGAGCAAAAGUGAGAUCGAAGAUGAAGAAAUUCUUCUCUGAGAAAUUGAGGAGGUCCAGAAAAGUACACGAUGAUUCUCAACGACUCGAAGAAGAAGAAGAAGAAGAAGUAAGUGUUUUCUUGUGGGAAGAAUACCAGGAAUCAGACAAAGCUGAAGAAGAAGAGGAGAUGUCCAGUGGAUUGCCGGAGUAUGUGUCGGAAACUGUUGCAGAGAUUCAACACAAAGGGGAAGAAAUCAAAGGUGGAGCAAGAUGGAAGCAGUUUGUUCUAUGUGUAAUAGUUCUAACGGGACUCAUUGGAGGUCGGGCAUUUGCGCUUCUUCUAACGUUGUCAUCUUGUCUGCUGUUUAAAUUAAGCAUGAAAGUGCCUGUAAUAAGGUAUUUCUUCAGCCAUUAACACAACACAACAUAAAUAACCCUUUUGCAAUUCUAUUGGAGUGAGUGAAGUUCAUUUCAUCUCUGAUGAACUAUUCUUCUCAACUGAAAGCUGUAGAAGAAGUAGAAAGCUUAGCUCCCAUCUUUUGUUUCACAGUGAAUCUAGGCUGCUGUAAAUUUUAUUUAUAGAAAGAAUUACACAUGUUUUACUUGUUUGAUACUACAAUUUUAAAUAUUUUUUGGAUCUCGUUUGUUCGUUCUUUCGUUCCCGAGCUAUCUGCAGAUUAGAUGGUGGAGAGAACAAGUCAAAAUUAAUAGGCUAUGGUGUGUUGAAAACUAUGGGAUGACUUUCUUGGAUUUGUAGUGUGUUUUGGUGGAUCAGCUCCUGGUCAAACAUCAAAGUCUCCAUGAUUAACGUUAACAGGUUUGUUGGUGUGUGUAUCUAUCUCCAUGAUUAAGAUUAAUAAAAAGCAUUUGGGACUGAGGCAAAUUAAAGAAACCAGAGACGGCAGUUG